GAGAUGCAGACUGUGAUUGAGAGAGAUCGCUCCAAGAUUCACUCCCUCAAUGAAAAGUUACAUCGUACACAGCAGAUGUUGUAUGACAGCACUAAGGACUAUCUAGAGCUGAAGUAUGAAGGACGAUCUCAGGAGCGAGUCUGGAUGGCAGAGAAGGACCGUCUACUACAGGAGCUGGAUCGAUGUAAGGAACAACUAGAUGUCUCCAAAGAUGACGUCUUAGUCAUCUCAGAUCAUGCACUGGAAGAGAGACAAACACAGAACUUGGAAUUUGAGACGGUCCUUCUCUACCAUCCAGACUCGCUCCUUAGAUCGUCCUUCAUACUUCAGCUCUAG